AUGGUGCGCUGUUGUCCGGAUCGUUUGACUAAAAUCAACUUUUGCCAGCUGUUUCAUCCAGUGAUGGGACCUCAGAAGCCCCAACCUUCCUUUUCCCACCACAGAAAUGGCCUCAGGGAUCCGCCAGGUGUCGCCCUGGCCGCCGGCUGCCAUAACCCCGCCCACCUCCUAGUUUCAAACGCAUUUGUCACUGAUGGAGUUCUGAUCCGCACAGGUGCAGGUAUAUGGGACAGGUUACUCAUCAACCCCAAGCCUAAUUGCAGAAAAACUUCCACUCUUCAAACAGUUCGGAUAGAGAGGAGUCCCUUAUUGGACCAAGUACAGACCUUUCUCCCACAGAUGGCUCAGGCAAAUGAAAAGCUAAGAAAAGAAAUGGCAACCGCACCCCCUGGGCAUUUCAAUAUUGAAGAUAUUGAUGGGAGUCUUGGAAAAGUUAUACAAAUGGAUGUGGCCUUGUUUGAGAUGAAUCAGUCUGAUUCAAAAGAAGAGGACGGUUCAGAAGAGAGUUCGCAAGACAGCUCAGAGGACAGCUCAGACUCUGAGGAGGACGACACCGCCUCUUCUGAAGUCACCACAGACAACUUUAAACUUCCUCAUUCAGAAGACGGAAAAGGCAAGAUCGAGGUUUUGGACAGCCCUGCCAGUAAAAAAAGGAAAGAGUAA